AUGUUUUCCAAAUCUGUUAGACACUUUUCUACUUCUGCAGCACGUGCAGUUUCUAUCAAAACCGUUCCAGGUUCCGCAGAAUCUGUCUCCACUCUCAGAGUUUCCAUUAAGAAUGCAGGUUCCAAGAGUGCACCUGCUGGUUUGGCACACUUAUUAGCCACUUCUACCUUCCUUGAUACUCCAGAAAAAUCUGCACUUAGAUUAAAGCGUGAAGCCGAAUUAGUUGGUGGUGAAUAUUCUGCAGAAGUUACAAGAGAUGCACUAGUUUUAAAGGCAACUUUCUUGAAGGAAUCCUUACCAUUCUUUGUCAAUUCGUUGGCAUCAACUGUUGCACAAUCUUCUUUCAAACCACACCAAUUGGCAGAAAUUGCGGCACCUUUUGCUUCAUUUGUCCAUCAAACCAAGACUGCUUGUCCAAAGUUCAAAGCCUUAGAAGAAUUACAUGCAGUUACUUACAGAUCCGGUUUAGGUUUACCACUAUAUUUCGAUGGAUCCAAGACUUUUGAAGUUAGCGAUAUUGCUACUUUUGCAAAAUCUGCUUUCCAAUCCGAAAACGUUGAAAUUGUUGGUGAAAACGUUGAAUCUGCAGACCUUGAGAAAUUCGUCUCUGAAUCUGCAUUUGCAACCCUACCAACAGGCAACACUGUUGUUGCACAAAAGCAACAAACUUUCUCUGGUGCUGAAUCUAGAAUUAGACAAGCAGGUAAGACUUCUGCCGUUAUCGGUUUUGCUGUUGAAGAUGCUGAUGCUUUUGAAUUAGUUGCAGCAGGUUUAUUAUCCAACCUCCCAGAAUCUAUUACUGCAUCCGUUGAAUCAAAGGUUUUAUCUUAUGAAGGUUCUAACUUAUUCUAUUUCGCAGUCACUUCUACUAACGCUGCUGAAGUUGCACAAUUCAUCACCACUGCGGCAAAAGAUCUAAAGAGUGUUGAUUUCUCUAAAUACUCCAAGCUAGCAUCCGCAUUAGCAGAAAAGGAGGUUGCAUCUAAGCAAGUUUCUGUUCCAAAUGAUUACAACUUAGUUGUUGUUGGUGAUAUCGACGCUGUUCCAUUAAAGUCCGAACUUUAA